AUGGGAGACAAGGGCUGCACUGACAACAACACCAACCCCCUCCACCACACCCACAUCGCCCUGGCCUCCUUGACGACCUUCCUCUUCGCCAAGCACCUACCAGAGCGCCUGGCCCCCGGCAGCUUCGACUACAUAGGUCACAGCCACCAACUGUUCCACGUGUUCGGCAUAAUCGGCACUCAUUUCCAGAUGGAGGCCAUUGAGCAGGACAUGGUGACGCGACGCCCGUGGCUCCUCACGUACUCUCUGCCCAUCACCUUCACCAACACACUGGGGGCGGCACUGCUGAGUGUAACCCUCAGCCUUGGCAUCAUCGUCUUCUUUAGUCUGCCUCUGCUCUGGUCAGCCACCCGGGGAGAACACACUGAGAAGACACAGUCACAUCCAAUAGCCAAGGGCUGCCAGUACCACUAGCACUAGCCAUUAACCACAUGCUAAUUAUAAUGUAUACGGGACGUAGGAACUGGAUGGCUCAGUUGGUGGAGCAUGGUGCCUGUAAUGCCAGGAUUGUGGAUUUGAUUCACAGGGCCACCCACACGUAAAAUGUAUCCAAACAUGAAUGUAAGUCACUUUGGAUAAGAGCGUCUGCUAAAUGGCAUAUAUUUGUAUUAUAUUACUAUGAUUAAACUGGACACUGUGGUGGGGGUGGACUUGGGAGAAGAGGUGAACAACUGAAGUGAACCACUAUGGCUUCUUGGUGUUGGAUAGAGGUGAAGUCAUGACAAGAUACAAUGCUGAAGGAGCAAUGAACUGUUCUUCACAUUUUCAACACGGAUGAAUAAACUGGUAGCUGAACAAGAGCUCCAUAUAUACUGCAAUGAGGGACAGACAGAGUUAGUGGUACCUCUGGUAGUAUUACAUUGACUAUAGGACAAGUACACAGUACUAAACAUGUAGUCCUUGCUUUUGUUCGCUGAUUUACCAACGCUACUGAGGAGCAGGAAGAGACUGGAGCAGUUGGAAGUCAAACUGUAUAUGAAGAAUCAAUCCACUGAGGAUACAGGAAGAGACUGGAGCAGUGGGAAGUCAAACUGUAUAUGAAGAAUCAAUCCACUGAGGAUACAGGAAGAGACUGGAGCAGUGGGAAGUCAAACUGUAUAUGAAGAAUCAAUCCACUGAGUAGCAGGAAGAGACUGGAGCAGUGGGAAGUCAAACUGUAUAUGAAGAAUCAAUCCACUGAGGAUACAGGAAGAGACUGGAGCAGUGGGAAGUCAAACUGUAUAUGAAGAAUCAAUCCACUGAAUGUUACAUG